AUGAGUUUGAAGUGGCUGGGCAUAGUGAGGGAUAAGACGGUGCCAACGGAAGGUUGUACCAUAGGGACUACUACGAGGUAUUGUUAUGCUUACCCAACAAGUGGAGGAGGCGCAUGUUCCCGGACGGGGGCAGGUAUUGGAAGGUGGAUGGAUAACCAUGUCCCAACAGGCGCAGUGUAUAGUGAAUUAUCCAAGGGGUAUAGAGCCAAUGGGAUAAAACCAAAAGAAGGCCAAGAGGCAGUCGAGUGGGGGCAGCUACUGGAUGGUGUCCUGAAGGAGAGUAUAGGGAGCGCAUAUGAUGAGUCUUCAAACGAAUAUCAAGACGACCGGUACCUGAAGUUACCGACAAGGAGGAUGUGGAAGGGUUUGAUGGAUGCAGAUAACACAGGGCGCUGUAAGGACAACGCGGGCUGCCAGAAGAUGUUAUAUUUUAUAGGCUGUUUAGUUUACAGUCUCUUAGCACCCGAAGAAAGGAUUAUAGACAACUCAUCAGAAUCAUAUCUCGGGUGCCAGAGGAUAUUGAACAAACUCUUAAAAGAAACAACACCAACGAAACUGGAAACAGUCGAAGGACAGUACUAUUGGGGUGGUGAGAAAUAUAUGUGCCAAAUGAGUACAGGAUUCAGGCAGUGUAAAAUAGAGGUUCUUAGUUUCCUUAUUGGGGUAAGUAAAACGUUGAGGAAGUUAUGUCCCCAGUGUAAACAAACGGAUCUGAGAGCUCAGUUGACUGAGCACCUAAAUUGCGGGAAGGACCAGGGGAUAUACUGUCCAGAAAACAGACAGGGGGGUAAUAUAAGGUGCCGAGCGGCAAGUGAACUUCCCAAGCCUGACUUAGAAUGGAUCAUACCCCCCGAAAUCACCAAGAAGCCCGUCACUGAAGCAGCCCCGGGGACAGCUACAUCGAAGAACGAAAUUAAGAGAGAACAAGAGGGAAAGGAAAAUGUCCACUCCCAAACAGGUGCCCAGAUCGAGACUGCACGCGAAAUGGUCAGACACUCCACAGAAAACUCAAAGGAGGAGGAGGGAGAGGGAAGCAAGUCGAAGGAAGGACUUUCGCCCAAGGAAGUGGGAAAAGAGUCUCAAGAAAAGGAGGCGGAGAACACCCAAAAAGAACACGGGCCGAAGGAGAACCCUCAGGAGAUAGCACCAGCCGAAGAAAGAGCCCACCCAACAAAAUCGGGGGAGGUAACUAUACUUGACCAUCACCCAGAGGCAUCCCUCGAGGAGGCAGGAGCUCCGGAGAUGUCAGUUGACUCUGGGGUGGUUGGGGAGGGAAUCCGUGGCAGUACGGGAAAUUCCAAGGAACCGGAGGAGGGAAACAAACCGACGGAGAUAUGGAAGGGUGUGGCAGUAUCUAUAGGGCUCAUUGCUAUGGUAGUGUCUGUAGGAUAUGGUGGUUAUAGGAUCUAUGGAUGCAAUUCUAAGGAGCCGAACUCCCGAGAACGAAUGAAAUCGAAGAAAUUUGUGGGCUAUCUACGGAAUACAUAG